AUGGCCUCGGAUCUCUACGACACCUUUGUCCAUUGGCUUCUGCGGCAACAACAGGCGGAUGUUGUAUUUGUCCAAGAACUGCAUUGGGGAUGCGGAAAGACGGAGAAUAGCUGGGCGAUCGAGGGAUGGCAAGCGAUAGUCUCUGCGGACCCGCAGAGGCGAUACAGUGGAGUGGGCAUCUUCAUUUCGCCCAGAUUGGCAUCUGGGGCAGAGAUUACUCGCGCGGUCUGCAUACCGGGACGACUCUUGCACGUUCGCUGCCGACGAGACAAGGUCACGCUGGAUCUGGUAGCGAUGUACCAAUGGGUUUGGCAAUCCAAGCAGUCGGAUGACGUGGCGGCUAAGCGACAGGCUGUCUGGACAGCUUUUGGCACCUUGCUACAGCGGCUUCCGCGACGACAUCUGCUGAUUGUGGGCGCGGAUCUAAACUCGAGAUGCGCACCGAUUCCAGGCCUGAUAGGUCGGGGACUGCUUCAGGCUACAGCUCGCCACCCGGACCCGGAACUACUGGAACUGGUCAAGCAGAAUGAGCUGGUUCUUGCCAAUACAUGGAGCAGCUCCAGGAAACUGCACAGUCACACGUAUCAUAACGGCCCAGUGCGAACACAACUGGACUUUGUCAUGGUACGGAAGGCUGCUGCCGAUCGAGUGGUUAAACAGGCCAGACCGAUCGGCUUGGACCUUGCACCCUGGCGUAAAGGGCCGAAACAUAGACCUGUUCUGGCUAGCGUUCCUAUGCUUGCAGGCUGGUGCUUCGCCAAGAAACGUCCCUCUGUACAGGGUUUCUCACUUCGGGAUUUGAGGGCUGCUAGGCGUAAGUGGUUGGAGGACCAGAUCGACAAAGCAGACCGGGCGGCCAGGCAUCAUGAUCAGGCCGAGGUGUACCGAAUAGUCAACACCCUGGCACCACGACAGGGUCGCACGACGGUGUACAUCAAAUCUCCUGAAGGACACUUGCUUAGUGGCGCGGAACAGUUUAAGGCUAUCUACGACUACUACAGCAAGGCUUUCAGUCGGGAAGAGGAGUUCCACUGUCCUAGCAGUUGCGAUCCAGUCUUGUACAGUGACCAGGCUGUUCUGUCUGCCAUAGACAGGCUUAAGUUGGGCAAGGCUGUACCUGCCACGAGUGUACCAGCGGAGAUUUGGCGUCUCUGCCCGGAGGCCUUGAUCCCAAGAUUUCAGCACGCACUAGCAACGGGCCAACAGGUUGUCGAGCAGGCGUCGGAGAAACUCCGUCAAACCCCGCAGUUUGCAUACCAAGCACAGAAGUCCAUGGAGGAAGCGGUAGCGCGUGUCGCUAUGCACUGCAGACGGGUCCGACUUUCGCUGAAGUCUGCAGUUGUCAGUGUGGAGCAGAAACGCGCUGGACGCAGAGCGGCCACGUGCAUAGGAGGCGCUAUGCUUAGUUUGGACCUCAGUAGAGCCUUCGACACCCUCACCAGACCCAUUCUUCAAAAGGCCUUGGAGUUUGUAGGCAUAGAUCCUUCACAUCAGCAAAUCAUCCUGGCCAUUCAUGAGCAAUGCAGCUACAGCCUCAAACAUGGCGGUAAAGAUGGUGCCUUCCCAAUGUCCCGGGGCGUUCGUCAAGGAUGUGCAUUAUCGCCAGUGUUGUAUGCUGCCUUCACGGUAUGGUUCCAUGCACAGUUGAAGGACCGCACGUCACAGGCAUGGGCAGACAGGUCCCAGAGUAUGGUUUACCUUGGCAUUGUUGCAUCGUAUGCCGGCUUCGAGAUGCAGACUCUGCGUCAUAGACUGCGAGCUGGCAUGCAAGCCAGGCAACGCCUUGCAAAGCUUCUGCAUUCCCGUGUGCUUGGUCUCAAGUAUCGGGUGCGUCUCUACACUUCAUGUGUUAAAAGCACGGUUCUAUACGGCCUGCAUGCGGUUGGGGUUACUAGUGCGGUGUUGCAGAAGCUUGAGUCCUGGGACGCACGAUCUUUGCGUGCUGUUGCCAAAUCCCCGGUCCAUCUGUCGCGCGAGAAUAACGGCGUCUUCCGCAAGCGCAUCGGCGCGGAAUCUCCCACUGCCAGCCUGCAUAAGCUACUCCGCAAGCGAACUGCCAAAGUCCUGGAGCCAUGCUGUGUGCAACUGUUUCAGGAACAACUAGACUUCUUUGCGGAGCUUGAACAGUCUGCUAGUGGCAGUGCGAAGGGUUUGCAGCCAGUCACGUGUGUGGCGAGCGAAGGGGAGGCCUGUCGGAUCUGCGGACAGUACUUUCCCAACAGACGCAUUUUGCUUACACAUAUCUCCCGGCAGCAUCCCGAAUCUGCUGCACAGAAGCGCCCGGCUCUGCCCCACAACCAUGUGUACAGCUUACAUGCGGCGGACGGCAUGCCGAAAUGCCGCCACUGUGGGGAAGUGUUCCAGAGGGUUGAUGGCCUCAAGAAGCAUCUCAAGUCAGCGUGCACUGUUCUAUAUCCCAAAGCGGCGACAUCGGGCCGAGCAGGCUCCACCGGUGAGGGAGAGGAUCAGGUCCCUCUCUCUCACAGUGAGGUGCUAGGUCGCACCUCCGUGGUGGAGUACUGCCCUCCGCUGAUAGAGGAUCCCGAGUAUAGUGUGCAGUGUCAACAGGGCUGGAAGGAUGUCUUCCGCAACCAGACAUAUGCCGAGAAGCUCAAAACUCACUGCGUGAUCUGCAAUCAGUGGCUAUGCAUGGUAGGCCCCGGAGUGAAGCAGCACUUUCGCCUCAUGCAUAAAGAUUACAUGAAGCAUCAUGAUGCUGCGGUCUCGAGACAGACCAGCCUUGGCUUAGUAGCGCUCCACCCGUGCCGCUAUUGUGGCGAGGAGUACAAGAACCCUCGCUCGUUCGUGAGCCCUUGCAUGGACCUGCCGAUGGAGGACUCAGCCCCGAGCGUAGCCCAGAAGGAGGUUGCCGAGUUCUUCGGGAACAAGGAUCGUGCGAAGGAGGCAGCGGAGGACGGCUGGACCGCAGAGGGACGUCAGCCAAAGUGGAGGAAGCCGGAGUGGGGCGAGGGCAAAGGAGCUCGCUGGUGGGGUGGCUCACAAAAACGAGGAUGGGAGCCGACACAGAGGUCGGAGUCCUCAGAGGGCCUCGACGGAGCCACGGUGGAGCUGAUCCAGGCCAUGACAAAGCUCGCCCUCAAGCACGAGGAGGAGCUGGGCAGAUCCCGCCCAGAGACGGGAUUCAUGGCCUUCUUCGAUGUUGGCGACCACGGCUACCUCAAGACCCUUCGAGAGACGGCCUUGGAGUGGCAGCAGAAGUGCGAGCAAGGACUGGUGAAGAGUCCGCUACGGCACAUCCUGUUCCUGUGUCUCCUGAAGGACUUCAAGGCCAAGCUGCAGACUCUGUUCAGCGAUCAGGAGCGGCUCCAGAAGUGCUUCCAGAUGGAAUGGCUGGUGGAGGGAAGCACUGCCCUAAAUCCCCGCUGGCAGUACUACCAAUGGAAUCCGACCCUGAGGGCCCAGGAGAUCGCCACUCAGAUCCCGCCGAUCAGCCACAUGGAUCUCCUCACCCAGCUGGAUGUUCUCGAACAGCAUGUGGCCACGGCGAACAAUCUGACCAGAUUUCGAGCGGUUCGAGGCCUGGAGGAGGAGUCGCAAAACGAGGGACCCGUCCUCACACCUGUGCCACGCGGCGAUGACGAGGCUGUGCGGCUGUGCGGUGACCAAGGUGAUGGGAUUCCGAGUCCGCCCGGAACGAGCCAGCAGGCAGCCGUGUGCCCGAGCAGUGGAGGAGGCGUACCUUCGCACCAAAUAUUGCGAUUGGCGCCCUCGCAAGCCACGAGCAGCCCGCAGCUCCCAGACCCAGAACCAGGGCUGAGUGCGGCCGAGGCCGCUGCUACUGCUGUCCACUUUAGGCCACAUGCAGACCCUCAGCUACCGAUAGCUAGACUGCGUAAUCCCCGCAAUCACUGCUACAUCAACAGCUUCAUGCAGCCACACCGACAGCAUGAUGUCUGCGAGUUUGCCGAAUUUACAGUGCCUCAGCUAGGAAUUACUGCCUUCAACGGUCGCUGGGAAGCACGAUUGGAACUGCCCGACAUUUGCAGUGAUGCAGGCACCCUUGAGGCGCCGCUCCCAUUGCAUCACCUGAGCCUGGGAGGCCUGCAAGCUAUGCUUGAUGCAUGGCACAAACAAUACGCGAUACACGCUCUCACACGUCACUCUGGGCUGUUAAUGUUGCAAAUCUGCCGCUAUACUGAUGGUGCUGCAGUAGGCAAAGAUGACACAGUGCUCAACGUGUGCCCUGGACAGGUGAUUCAAGUUCCAGUCUUCAGCAGUGACGUGGGUACUGCUGUUCGAGCCGAGUCCUUCGUGAUAGGAGCUGUCAUUCUGCACCUAGGGCCCAGAGUCACAGAGGGGCACUACCAAGCGUACAUAGGUAAGCCUGUCGCCAUCCUCCGCGCGGCUAGGUCGCCGCGCAACGCAAUUCAGACCUGUGUCCGAUCUGAUGUGGGCCUGUUGGCCCGGCACGCUGAAGACUCCCUCUCGGAGUACUUGAUUCGAUCUGCGUAUGAGUCGCUGCUGCAGCAGCAAGGGGUCGAAUUUCGACCCUUAGACGUCAGUAUGCUGAGCUACAAUGACAUCCUUGCACAUGCUGCCCGGACCCUACGAGCUGAUCUGAUGCAACAGCUGUACCGAUACUCCGAGGAUCUGAGUGAGAGCAUGCCGGCACUGCCAGGCCCUGCACUUCCGAUGUCACUUCCAUUGCCUCCUGGUCCUGUGGCACCAGCGGAGCAGUAUGCCUAUGACCUGCUUAAUGGCGGCGCUUGCUCCCUCUGGAGUGCACUACGGAUGGCGAUUAACCUUAUUCAGUUUGAGCCGGCCCGACAUGGCAAGAUCAAAAAUCAGCCUGGGGCCAUGAGCUUCUCACUGGGUGCCUUCUCGCGCACUUGCUUUGUGGGGAUCUGUCGCAAUACCCUUCGAUAUCCCAAUCUGUGCAGACUGGUGAAUCGUUACAUCAUCCACACUCUCCCCGAGCAUCAUUGGACGAGUGUGGCAAUCCACUGGAACUGUCAACUGCCGUUGCACAGGGACCAUGGCAAUGGACCGGUCCCCAAUGCCUUGUUCUCGCUAUCGGCUUUUGAAGGUGGAGACAUCUGGAUACAGUCGGAGGAGGGCUCGGAAUACCAGGAGGUCUCGGGGCAAAUGCUACGAGGGAAAAGCUGGAAACUACAUGAUGCAGCCACUGUCUUUCCGGCUCACACUGCGAUGCACGGCACCACGCCAUGGCGAAGGGAAGACCGGGUCACCAUGGUGGCCUAUUGCAUCCGCAACUACUACUCCCUCGAUCAGUCCUUUCGCACACAACUUGAGGAGCUAGGUUUCUGCUCCCCUCCGGCGGAAAUGAUGACAACCAGAUUCCCGCCACAGAUCCUGCCACCUGUCUUGUACGACGACUGA